AUGGAGACUAUCAACGUGGGUGUUCUGGUCUACGGGGGAGGAAUGUCUGGGAUGGCAUGUGCUGCUUUCGCAACAGAAGCAGGAGCUAAAACAUUGAUUGCCGAGAAACAAACGGAGAUUGGUGGCCCAUCGAAUUAUCCCGCGGGAAUGUUCUGGGGACCCCAAACAUAUGAUAAGUUGAGAUAUUGGGUCCUACCAGGAGAUGUUAUUCUACAAAAAGCAUGGAUGAAAAAUUACCUGUCGGCAGUGCAGUGGAUGCGUGACAACGGAGUGCCUACGGCAAAGCGCUUCGAUGGCAUCAUGACAAUAGGUACAACGUGGCAAUCAUUUGAAUUGCCAAAGUCACAGUGGGUAAAGGGGUAUAGGUAUCGGGUUUCCAAUCAAAAUUCCCAUCUUCACGAUCUCCAUCAAAAUCGUAUCAGGUCGAGCCACGCAAAUGCGCUUUUCACAAACACUUCGGUGCUUAGGUUAAUCCAGAAAGGGCCUGGGGUGCCUGGAUCGACUGUGAUAGGUGCCAUCACUUGUCAGGUUACACCCAAUUCACCAUCUACAUACUAUGAGGUUCAAGCUGAAUUGGUCGUCUUGGCCACUGGUGGACUCCCAAGGUUCUCCAGAUAUUACAAGGUAUGUAGGACAAGGCGGAGAUAA